AUGGAUGCCGAUGUCAAUGCAAUCGAGAUCGAUGACGACAAUGCUGGUAUAUUCAGCAUCGCCAAAGACUGCCACAGUGAGGACGAUGACGCCCUCACUGGUGAAGACAACGUUGUUUCAGCAUUGCAAACGAAGUGCAAUGCUGUUGACAGGAUGAAUCAGCAGAGGAAUUUCUGCUGUUUCGCAAAGCGGUUGUCCGCUUCGUUCAAGACUCUAUUGCAGAUGCACUAG